GAGGCUGGCGGUGUCAGGGCCGAAGCCACAGCCCCGCGCCGAGAGCGUCGCCCUGGCCGUCUCUGAGCUACUAAUCAGAGGCAACGGCAUCGACAAUAACGGAUGCAACAGUAUCAUUGGCUACGCAAACAACAACAAUAACAACAACAAUAACAACAACAACAAUGGUAGCAUCGGUCGGCCGAGGACGAGGAACAACAGCCAGCGAGCAGUCAAGAGCCUCAGCAGCUACGGGCGCGUCUCGCCGUGUGAGCCGGCACCGACGAGGCCGAGCUUUCUCCGUGAAAUCUCCAAGCUGUCGCAGAUCAACCUGUCGAGGCUCAGCCAUCCGAACAAGUGCAGUUACUCGGUGCUCAGUGGCCACGAUGACCAUGACCUCGAGAGCCCUUCGGAGGCAAACUCGUACUUUCCGUUCCAACAGGUCGACGUCGAGGUGAUCGAGCCGUCGACGGGCAUGGUCAAGUCGCGGAGUUCCAAUACACUGGCGGCCCGUCGGCGGGGGGCGGCCCAGCGCAUGUCCGACCCACCCCGUGCCAGUAUGAUAGAGCCCCUGCUCAGCAACAUCAACAACAAUUACAACGACAACAACAAUGGCUUCGGAGGUAUGACGAGGGAGCCCAUAUCGGUGCCGAAUUUUCGGGCGCUAGCCCUGCCGACUCCCGUGUUGACGCCCAUCGAGGCCGCGAGACUCGUUUUCGUCGAUCCGGACGAGGACUCGGACGACGAAGAGCUCAAGCGCAAGGAGCCACCCACGAGUCAACUCAUCGAGCUACCCGAGGAGGAGAAACGUGACUUUGCGUCCCUCCACCAAGCCUGCCAGCCAACGCGUGGUGACAACUACAGCUUGCACCUGUACGAUUCGGUGCAGACACCAAAGACCCCAUGCCCGAAACUCUCGCACUCGACGUCCGUCCGGUUCGCCGAUCUCGAGGAGGACCGCGAGGAAUCUACCUCCGAUUACGCAAGUAUCGGUGCUCGCAGCCCUGGUGACCCGCUGGCCGACGAUGACUGGCCCAGACGCCCCAAGAGCCAGCGAGGCUCCUCCACCGUCACUACUCCGGCGCCAAGGGAUAGCCAGUUCGGCUUCUGUAAUCCGAAUUACCUGGCAAGCGUCGAAAACACGAUGGCAUCCUCGAUGACGACGCCGACGACACCGCACGGGCAGUACUACGACAGCGCGAUAAGCAACGCAAACUCGGCCGAGUCGUCGCGUUACGCCAAGGUGCUCAACAGCCCACCCGACAGUGUUCUCGAGGACGAGCCCGGCCGAUCGGCCUCGCAAACCUUCGCCGAGCUGUUCGAGCUCCAAGAGAUAAAGCCUCGCGCACCGCCCAAGAGUCUGCCCCUGGGGUCACCCUCGCGACGGGCCGUCAGUGCUUCGAGGGCCGAGCGGCAAAGGGCCAAACUGGCAGCCCAGGAAAACACCGAGAGGUACACCCCGGGGCCGGCGCCGCUCUACGUUUUUUUGGUCGGCGGCAAGGAGAAGGGCCAGGUGACGGUCUUUGCGCGGCCGGUCUCGCUGUGGAAGCUACAACUCGCACCGCAUAUAUUUUAAGAGGGGUUGGAUUGGGGUGUAGAAGAUAGGUUUUUAUUUCCUUAUUUAUUUGUUUUUUUAAAUCCGUGUCUGUGUUUUUUCUACUGGUUUUUGUAGCUAGAUGUCACGUGGACGAUUUGUAUGGAUGCACUUGUGUACUGUAUGCGUACGUAGAUCGCAAGUGUCUGAAAAAUGGGAGGAAUCUUAAAUUUGUACUGUGAAAAUUGAACAAAGAUAUUUUGUAAGAUGGGUGUAGAGGAUUAAGGGUUGAAGAUGAUCGUCUAUUCUUCUGCCGUUGUCGUCAUUUUCGUUAUAUCAAAUUUCACGCGAUACUCCAUACUUCGCGUCAGAAAAGAUCGUUUGAGCGAUAUUUUGACAAAGUAAAAUAAAAAUUGUUGCACCAAUGAUAUCCACGGCACAAGUUUCAUCACUAACGGUAAUUUUACUAAAAAAAAAAAAAAAAAAAAAAAAAAAAAGAGAGAAACAGUACAAAAAGUAUUUUCAAAAAAGGUGUGAUACAGUUAUAACUGUAUACAGAUAGGUAAAUGUAUUCUAAUUUUAGACAAUUUUUCAUACCCCAAAAGCCAUACAAAAAUUGUAAUUGAUGAUCAUCGUCGUUGUGGAAAAAUAUUGCGUCGUCUAUAUUAUAAUGUAUAAAUGUCAAAUGUGUGUAAGAGCUAUAAAUAUUUGAUCUCGAGUGCCCGGGUAAUACGCAAUAAACCAGAGAGAUAAAGAAUGUAAGUAUCGGCGCAGUAGGUCCAUCGCACGAUUAUCUAUAAAUAUAAGGCUUGAAAGGUCCAAAUAAGACUUGAUAAAUGCAGGUAUGACGUACACGUCAUUCCUGCAAAAAUAUCUUUGCACGUGCAUAAAAGGCGGUGUUAUAAAAAUAUCCUCUCCCUUUAUGUCAGGCUAUCGUUCGGAAUGUCUUACACUUACUGUCAGUGUCAUAAUAGCAUCAAACAAAAUGAACAAGAUGUACAUUGAAUUGAAAGUCAUACACAGAGAUAUUACUUAUCAAACUGAUGCUUUUGUCCAUCGUA